CGCGUCACUACGCGCUGCUGCCGCUCCAAUUUAAUUUACAUUCGCUCUGCCGCUCGCCCGGAGAGAGGCUAUGGCGUCUCUAGCCGUGGGACAGCACACCGAUCAGCGCAUGUUUCUGCCGAAUCUGAGGCCGAACGAGAAGAAAAUAUCAAAGAAAGCGUCCAGUGGGGUAAAGUCCCCGAUGCGCGCAGUCUCGACCCAGAGUCGUGUGAGGGACGCCGGAGCCGCAGUCUCUGGCCCCCGAGCAUCCUUAAAUCAUCCCAAUCUUCCGGGACACUGUGGGGCGACGGGGAACGCGGUCGGUAUGAGCUCCGCCGCUGACCGUGUUCAGGAGCCUCGUAAUUCACGCGGCGUGGUGGCAGAAGGGAGUUGUUCAAAAUGUGGGGACUCGUCGCGGACGAUGUUGACAGUGGCGGAGGACGCGAAGCUCGCGUCGCAAAAUAAGACCCGCAAAGACCGAGACAACGGGAACCCGAGGAGACCGACGCGCAGCACCGAUAAAAGUGACGGGGACACGAGUUGCGCGCGAGUUUGCAGCACGGAGAAGAAUCCGGCGAAGGACACCAAGGCGUCCAAGUCAAACGGCCACGCGCAUCUCAGCAGACCGGGGGGCAAACGGUCCUCCCAGAUCACCGUGCAUCAACAUCUUGAUUUCAGGUCCUUGGGCGACGAGCACGCCGGCUGGCCCCUCUCCAGCAGGAUGCCCGUGCUCACGCAAGGCCGGUCUGGGGUGGUGAAGAUGAUGCGUAACGACCCGCCGAGGAGGGAGGCAUGGUCCAUCUUCAGCCAGGAGGACCCGAGAGUGAAGCCGGAGAAGGGAGAGGGACAUCUCUUCGCCCCCACGGCGGUGGCACAGGACUGGUGUGACGCCUGCAACCGUCAAGUCAGCGACCAGUCCCUGAAAUGCAAAAACUGCAGCUACACGUGUCAUCUGGAAUGUGAGCGACUCGUACAGCUGGACUGUAACCAGAGCAACAAACAAUCAGCCUCCCCUCCCCAACGGACCUCCGACCCUGCCCCCCAGGGCCAGAAUGUCACGCAAGAAGAGGCAGAAAAACCAAAAUCUCUCUCCAAAGAGGAAGUCAGGGUCCAGAUAGAAGAGUACAACUCUAAAGUCUCAGAGAAUGGCAUGAAACUGAGCCCGGACGGCACGUAUACCGGCUUCAUCAAGGUGCACCUGAAGCUGCGGAGGCCGGUCACCGUACCUGUGGAGGUGCGGCCCUCGGGGGGCGGGGCCAGGCCGGGGGCGGAGGGCUGUGAUAGGAGGACGUCGUUCUACCUGCCGCUGGACGCGGUGAAGCAGCUGCACGUGAGCAGUGGCACCACCGCCAGCGAGGUGGUCCAGGGGCUGCUCGCCAAGUUCAUGGUGCUGGACAACCCGCGCAAGUUCGCCCUGUACCGGCAAACUCACCGCCACGGCCAGGACCUGUUUCAGAAGCUGCCCGUGUCAGAACAGCCUUUGCGUCUGAGACUGCUGAGCGGGCCAGACCCUGAGCAGCUGACCUUCGUGCUGAAGGAGAACGAGACGGGAGAGGUGGAGUGGCAUGCGUUCUCCGUGCCGGAGCUGCACAACUUCCUGGCGAUCCUGCAGAAGGAGGAGCAGGAGCGGGAGCGUCAGCUGAGGGAGCGCUACGCCGCGUACCGCCAGCGCCUGGAGCUCGCCCUGCAGGGAGCCCGGGGAGCGCCCGGCUAGCCCCGCGCACACGGGGCCCGGGACAGCCAGGAGGAGGAGGAGACGCAGGACGAAGGAGGCGCGUCUGCAGGCGACCCGCUCCGCGACGGCCGUUUCCAUGGCGAUGGAUCACACACCGUGUUUCAGAUGCUGCUGCUGUCAUUCACACCACAGUCAUUCGCUGACGCUUUUAUCCAAAGUGACUUACAGUUGAUUAGCCUAAGCAGGGGACAAUGUGGGGUUAGGGGCCUUGAUCAAGGGCCCAACACCAACCUUAGCUUAGCCACAAGGCUACGGGCUGCAUCUAUUGCUGCUACUGCGAGUAUCACUGAGCUGGGUUAUGAGUUUCCUCCUGCUGCGUGUGGUGCGUGUGUGGUGCAGUUCCUCCUGGUGUGUGUGGUGUGUGUGUGUGUGUGUGUGUGUGUGUGAGUGUGUGUGUGGUGUGUGUGGUGUGUGUGUGUGUGUGGUG